ACAGCCGUGGCUCAAUCUAUCAAGCGCUGCCGACAAUGACUUUUGGUUGAGCUUGCAGUUGCCACAACCGAACAAAAUCAGUUGUUAGCCGCAUUGAUGAAAGAGCGCACGCGUUUACGGCUGCGCAAAAGGUGGUGAAAAGCGAACGCAGAAAAUCGACAAGAAGUAGUGUAGUCAAACCCUAAGUGUUGUAGAAAUUAAAAUAAUUUUAAUUAAUCGAUUAGUGUCGUGCAGUUCACACACAUAUUCUAUCGCGAUAAAUUCAAGGGCCAUAAUUUUUUGCUUUUAAUUGUAGGACGGACGCAGCGUGUUCUUUGUGUUUUUUUUUGUCGUGAUAUUUAUACGCUUGUAUGUGUGUAGGCAAUAGUCUACUUGCCAGCGUAGAAAGUGUUGCGCUUAUUAAGCGCUACUUUGUGUAAAAGCAACAAAGCAAUUUUUUUUUCAAUUAAAGUCACAUUCAAAGCAUUUAACAAAAACAAUAAAUAUCGCAAAUAAUACAAACAAACUGCGAAGAAAAAACUCUUUGUAACAGUAGACAAAUUGUUGGAAAUUUCUGUUCCAAGCUGUGAUCGCACCUUUGGCCGAGGGUAAAGAUGCGCUUUCGUUCCAGAACCGCAUUAUUGCUGCCUAGCUGCUGCCGUCCGUCAAUAAAGAGCGGUGGACGCCGGCGAACUGCUGCGAACAACAAAGCUGGUUACAACAUUCUGCUUGCUGCCCUUCUGCUGCAGGUGCUAAUAGCCGCUGCUGCAGCCAGCGCUGUCACAGCUAGCGCUAGCGGAACGAAAGGAUUACAGCGCAUGCGGGCAGCGAAGGUGGCGCACGUUCAUGGCCUGCAGGCAGUGCCGGAGAGUUUAAGCAUAAACAAGUCGCUGACAAAGGACAAGCAAAACAGAUACAUCGACGACAACAAUCAUUUGGCUGGCAAAUACGAGAUCCGAAGUGUUUCGGGUGAGCCCAAUUACAAAUCCGUUAAUCUAACCUGGGAGAUUGAAUUCGUGCCCUCCGCCGAUUCGUCAACACCGACAACCGAUAUUGAUGCUAUCACCAACAGCAGCGCCGAGGUGGAACCGCCGAAAGCGUUUCAGAUUUUCUUUUGUGAAUUACAGUCAUUUGGACCGCAUCGUUGUCGCUCCAAAUUAGUGAACGAAACGCAACAGCUGGAACCAAACGGUAACGACGACAACAGUCACAGCAACAAUCAUAAAGUCAGCAACAAGAACAAUAAUGUGGAAGACGAACAGGCGAAAAGCAGCCGGCAGAUACGUCAUUACGUGGUGCAAAUCGAAAAUCUCCGCAUGGCCACCAAAUACAGCUUCCACAUCCGACCGCAGGCGAAGCGCAGAAAUAUGAAAAUCACUGGACGCUCAGAGCUUUUCGGCAACGAAAUCGACGACGAAGCGAAGGGUGUGCCACUUGAUGGCGGUCAAACUAUCAUUAUACCAACGAAAGGAUUUGCUGCACAAGCUACAAAGUGCUUGCCACAAGCCUCUGAAAUCGAAGUGGAAACCGGUCCAUACUUUGGUGGGAAGAUUGUUGUAGAUGGCGGCAACUGUGGUAUAAAGGGUGAUCAGAAUGAUCCCACCGAUCGUUAUACGAUGCGAAUUGAUCACAAAAUGUGCGGCAGUUUGGUGAAACCGGAAACAAAUACGGUUGAAACGUUUAUAACGGUACAAGAGAAGUUGGGCAUCUAUACACACAGCACACGAAGGUUCGUCGUGGUUUGUAGCUUCCAAUCGGGCAUGCAGACAGUGCGUGCCAGUUUUACAGUACCCGGCAGCGACGGCGUAGCCGCCGCCGUCGAAAAUGAUCCUUUCGAGCCAGACGAUCGCCUGGGCCGAGAACAGCGCCAUAUGCGCUUUGUGGAUAAGAGUGCCUUAGUUUUGAAGGAGCAUGCACCCCUGGAACCUAUAGCGCCCGCAGCGCGCACGCAAAGUUUGGAAUCUGACGAAAGCAUCGCAUUGGUCCAAGAGGUAACCGAUGCCGCCAACAGCAGCUCUGAGAGUAGCGUAGCUAACGAACUGCUGACUGUCGACAACACUGAUGUGCCGAACAGUGUAGCCAUGUUAGAGGAUAUUGUGCCCGGCAUUAAUGAGCAGCAUAUCAAGCACGAAAAUGCAAUGCUGAAGCUACAGGAAAUUGACGAACAGCAUGAGGAUGAUGGCGCUCCUAAAGUGCCGGUGAUGGCGGCACGUGCGGCCAAGUACGCCAAAUUGGUGCGCGAACAGGCGGUCGCCAAUCUGCUGGCAGAUGAGACGAACACCAGCGCAACAAUGAGUGUGGAACAGUGGUAUCACUUGCACAAUACAGUCGAGGGAAGAGGUUUUGCCACCACUUUGGAGCGCAUUUCAGCGAACGCCGGCAGCAUUAUCAUCACUGUUUCGCUGUGUGUGAUAGUUUUGGGCAUUUUCGUGUUUGUCGUGUUUCGUGAAGCGCGUCGUCAGCGUUUCAUUCGCAGCAAUAUUAAAAUGCAGCAGCUGCACUCGUCACGCGCUUCAUCGUCAACGUCGCUGUCAGCCAGUAAGCCCCAGCCAGGGAAGCGAACAAUGCCACGUGCUCUACAGGCUCAGCUUCCUCAGGGGUCCAUGUAGAAGUACUAGGGUGGAUCUUUCAACUUUACAGCAAUUUUAAUAAAGACCGGAGUAGAAAGUUUGCAAAUAGUACCAUAGUUCUAAACGAGAUUAAAUUAGUUGAAUAGCGUAUAGGUAAAGAAUAUAUUUUAUAGAUAUAUAUAUAUGAUAUAUCUACAGAAGUAUGAAUUAGACAAGUAGGAAGUUGCACACGCACACGUGAAACCGAUUACCUAACUCCAGCUAUGGUCAUUCGUCUUGUUAAAUAUCAAAAUAGCCACGUUAUAGAGCUCUUUCGAGUGACUAAUAAUACCGUUGCUGAUUUAACUCAAGGUGACUGAGCAUAGA